CAGGCCCAAGCCGGGCAGGGCCGAGGGCCGGAGGGACGGCGGCGGCGUUGGAGUAGGGUCCUCGUCCGGGUGGGCGGCGGGCGGCGGGCGCGAGGAUGCUGCAGCUGCGGGACUCGGUGGACUCGGCGGGCACGAGCCCCACGGCGGUGCUGGCGACCGGCGAAGAGGUCGGGGCCGGCGGCGGCACGGGCGGGGGGCGGCCGGGCACGCCGCUGCGACAGACGCUGUGGCCGCUCAACGUCCACGACCCCACGCGCCGCGCCCGCGUCAAGGAGUACUUCGUGUUCCGGCCCGGCACCAUCGAGCAGGCGGUGGACGAGAUCCGCGUGGUGGUCCGGCCGGUGGAGGACGGCGACAUCCAGGGGGUGUGGCUGCUGACCGAGGUCGACCACUGGAACAACGAGAAGGAGCGCCUGGUGCUCAUCACCGACCAGUCGCUGCUCAUCUGCAAGUACGACUUCAUCAGUCUGCAGUGCCAGCAGGUGGUGCGGGUGACCCUCAGCGCCGUGGACACCAUCUCCUGCGGGGAGUUCCAGUUCCCCCCGAAAUCGCUGAACAAGCGGGAAGGCUGGGGGAUCCGAGUCCAGUGGGACAAGCGGAGCCGGGCGUCCUUCAUAGACCGGUGGAACCCCUGGUCCACCAGCGUGCCCUACACCACGUUCGUCGAGCACCCGAUGGCCGGCGCGGACGAGAAGACGGCCUCUCUGUGCCAGCUGGAGAGCUUCAAGUCCCUGCUGAUCCAGGCCGUCAAAAAGGCCCAGAAAGAGAGCCCUGUGCCGGGACAGGCCAACAGCGUGCUGGUCCUGGAGCAGCCCCUCCUCAUCGAGACCUACGUGGGGCUGAUGUCCUUCAUCAACAACGAGGCCAAGCUGGGCUACUCCAUGACCAGAGGCAAGAUCGGCUUCUAGGGGCCGCGCCGGGCACCUCCGGAGAGGCCGGCUCCCGCCCGCGCCAGGGCCGUUUCCCUCCGGGGGUCCGAGCGCGAUGAGGAUACAGCCACGAGACCGUGUACUUAGGCGGCUGGGGACAUCUGCUCCUGAGCGGCGGGCAGACACG